AUGGCGUCGCCAAUCCAGUCAUCGGAUGAUGAGUUGUCGGUACCGACGGAGGACGUCAGAGAAGAAGAAGGCUCAGACGCAGGACAGGAAAAGGAUCCACUGGAGGUAGUUACCAAGGAUUUUUCGAAAUUUUUCAAUAAUAUCAUUGAUUUGAAAUACAAGGACCUUGCUAGGAAAAAUAAGCUGAAACUGGAAUUCCUAGAAAAGCUGGAAAAGGUGCUAGAAAAAAGGGAACAGGAGAUGUUACAGGCCCAAGGACCUGAGGCAGAGGAUCAGGAAGCUAGAUCAAGGAAGGGCUCGACUUCCACGGAGUCGUCUGCUGGUAGGCAUAGGCUAGCUAGUGUUGGAAGUAGUAAGAAUCCGCAGGAAAGGGCAACAGGACCAGCCUUUUUGUCGUCAGACAGCGAAGAAGAGCACAAGGAGAAAUCGCACCGAUUCGCCAAGGAGCGCAACGAGAUCCCCGACAGGACGAGUCUCGAGACAGGAGGAAGUCUCAGGGUGAGCAUCUUAAUUUUUACGGUUGAAACUCCGAUUUUUGGCUUUAGACCAAGGAGAUAGGAAAUAUAAGUCUGAGCAGGUUGCGCGCGAGGACUGUAGUGAGACCCAGGAGUCCUGAAGAUGCUUCUGCGCGCUAUCAACGAACAAAAUAGGAUUGCAGCGAACCAGGAACGUAGAUCGUUGCUUAGAGAUCCGAAACCGUUCAAUAGAGAGCAAGGAACCGCUAGAAAUAGGACUUUUCAAGAAUUUGCGGAUGAAUUUUGGAACCUUUAUGGCCCAGCGGCACUUUCUGAAGACGAAAAGAUUGUUAUUUUGGGCCAGAAACUGAAAGGCGAGACAAAAACAGCUUUCAAUUCUUUGCCCGCAGGAAUAAAAGCGCAAGGACUAGCAGCUAUUCUCACGGAACUUGCCGACCGUGAGGAAAAGAAGAGCAACUCUUUAGUCAUUGAUAGGCUAACUAAGGUCAGCAAACUUAGCUUUGUCAGAGUAGCCAAUGUAGAGGAAGCAUGCUUUUUGAUUGAGGACCUUCUUCCAGCAGAAGGAAUGACGGCUAGAGCCAAGGAUUUAGAGAGGGCUGGAUUCCUCUGUGUAUUGCUAGCUAGCAAAUGGUCGUCCACAGACAUUUCGUUGUUGCGCAAUGAGAUGGACCGUGUCCAACCUGGUGAAGUUUUUGCUGCUAUUCACCAGCUUGCACUCAGUAUUGAGCGAUCGAAAAACAUGAUCGAUGUAGGAAGCCGGAGUUUUUGGAGGGUUGAACCUUUUUGCAAAGCGUAGACCUUGGAGAAAGGAGCAGGAAAAUUUUGCAAACCCCAACCGGCCUGGGCUAGAGGAAGAGCAGGAGCACCUUCCGGCUAGAAAGUGGACGAACCAAAGUGGAAACAAGUCGUUUAGUCAUGGACAUGAUCAGGCAAACGCAGGUUUCAGAAAUUUCUCGCGAGAUAGAAAUAGAAGAUCCUUCCAUGGUGACAGGAAAGGACCUAGUGGCCGCGCCCUGGCGGACACUACUUGUUUUGGAUGCGGCGAAAAAGGUCACCUCAGGCCGAAUUGUCCAAAUAGACAGGGAAAUACUUCCCAGAGAAAGGAGCAGGUAUCCGGAGCCGCUUCUAGACAUUGGGUCAGGCUCGUACAGGUGCAGGAUGAGGACGUUCCGACGGCGCCGCGCGCUGCAGAUUCUCCCCGCGAAAUUUUGAGCAUUCAAAACCAAACGUUCAGUGCGUUAGUUGACACAGGUGCACAAGUGUCGCUAGCUCCAGCUCAUUUUUUUCGGAAGACCAAGCAGCGAGGGAAUCGUUUUUUUGACAGCCCCGUACAUUCAAAGCCUCAUAAAAACCUACCCAGUUAACCCUUUUUGAACGCUAGUAGUGAAGGAAUGAACGUUGUUGGAGAAACAGUUCUCAAAGUUCAUCUCCCUAGAUUUAAGCGUUGUGUUAAAGUACCUUUUAUACUAGUCCAGGACUUGAAGGAAUUUAUUGUCGGAAUGAACCUAGUUGAAGCUUGUAGAGACUUCUUGGACAUUGACCUAGUAAAAACGACGAACCCAUUAUUGACUAUUAGGGAAGGAUUAGUCGUGCCGGCAGGAACUGAAGUUUCCAUGACCAUAGGUAAUGUUCCAAAAGGAGAAGCUGUGCUUUGGGGAAAUAGACCUGAAGUACCAGACCAAAUUGUUGAAGGCUCUGGUGAAGGAAAAGCCGUAG